CCUUCCCAAUACCUCAGUUCACUUCUGAGGUAGAGGUUCAGCUGGAAAAGGCCAACCAUGCUUUCCACAUCAGUGGCACUCUUCUGAGUCCAAGUACCAAACUUAAGUCAGAUAUCCUGGAUAGUUUGGCAUCCAAAAUAAUUAAAUACAAAGUGUAUCCUUCAAGUGCAGAGUUUGAUGAUGUGGCUCAGGCUUUGAUAACAAAGCAUCCUUGUUUAAAGGAGCAGGGAUCAGUCUCCGGUUACUAUGGUUGGAAAAUAAGUUUGAAGUACAAAAUGGCCAACUACCGCACCAGACUGAGGAACAUUGGCUGCCCAGAGUUGAGCAUAAAUGCAAUGAAAAAAAAGCGUGGUACCACAAGCCAAGGUCCAAACCAGGUGAAAAAGCCACGGAAAGCCGAAGUCAAUUACUAUCCGGUUUAUCCUGCAGGCGAAACUAAAGAGAGUCUUGAGGACGAAAGGCAAGCACUUCUGUUGGAGGUGAAGAAGAAAAACCAGCAACAGAUCAAAACUAAAAUGGAAAGAACAUUUGCCUAUAGAAGACAGGAAAUCAUCCAGGACAUGCCCUUCAUCACGGAGUUCCAAAGCAGAUGGCCAGCUCUGUUUUCUGAGAGUGAGGUAAAUGCAGAAUUCACCCGCAUCACCACUAUUUCGCUGCUGUCCACAUUCAUGUCCCAAUUGGAUCACUACUCGGACCAGUUAAUGAAGGUGUUCCGAAAGAAGGGGGGAACAGCAGGACGCAAGAUAAGCCUCAUCAUGGCAGCCAUGGACAAGGAUCCCACUAUUGAAACUCAACGAGAAUGUGUCCUCAAAGCACUUUGCGUCUACCUCAAUGAAAAUCCAGAAAGCUUCAUAAAGGACUACCUGGAUGUUGAUCCCGAUGCAAGGAGAGGAAUGGAGGACAUGGACGUGGGAAUCUAUGUCAUCCGACAUGAGGGAGCAGAGCCCGCAGAUGCGCCUGAGGACGUUGGAGUCAUAAUUGAGGGAGUUAAAGUGCUGCAAGAUCUGAGAGAUGUGGCAAAUGGGUGUGCAGUCCUGCUCAGCCUGAUCUACAGUUUAAACUUGAGCUAACCUAAGGACCUGAGACACACAUUUGAAUUUCUUCAGAAAGUGAUAAUGGAGUUGGACGGCAACAGACUUUCCACGAAGGUGCAGGUCCUUAAAAACAGAUUACACGAGUAAUCUUGCCUGCAGUGCACAAGACUGCAAACCUUGGGAUCAGGUUCAGUGUGUGCAACUACAACUGUUUUGUACAUUAUUACAGACAUACCAAAUUGUGUGCCUCUACCACUAUACAUUAUAUAUACUGUAUAUAUAGAUGUAUUACAAAAGAUGCAAAGAACUGCUGUAAGUCUUCUCAUGCAGAGCCCAAAGAAUAAGACUCUUAAAUGAGCAUGUGGCAUGGAUACAGCAUAUAUAUAUUGACAGACAAUGUCACCAAAAAAUCCCAACAUUCAGAAGACUUGCCAGACUGCCAAUGAGAGAACAAGCAGUACAGUAGGUUGUGGUUUAUAGCGAUGUGAUGAAGCUGUUCUUGUUUUCUAAAUGACUGUUUAACCUCAUAAAGAAAAUACUCUUAACUGUACUGGCACCAGUAGUGCCUCUUCACCCCUGCGACAAGAUUGUUGCCUGUUGGGAUACAGUUUUGCCGGAGCAUCCAUCCCAAGUGUAUUUCCUUGAGCACUGUGGUUAUACAUUAACUGUUCAAGUGACAAUGUCCCCAGAAAAUCCCACCAUUCAGAAGACUGUCUUGCCAAUGACAGAUUAUAUAUACACACACUGUAGUUUGAGACGGUUCUUGUUUUCUAAAUGACAGUCAAACUUUAUAUAGAGAACACUGACUGUACUGGCAUCAGUAGUGCCUGUCAGUACCCUCAUUUCCCUCACUCGUGGGUCCUGUCAGUCUCAGAAGGUUAUCACAUUUCUGCCUGUUCAAAAUGUUGUGAGGGGGCAGAUUGGGCAUUGACAGUGCUCUUUGCCCUGCAACAGGAUUCCUGCCUGUAAGGAUGCAGUUUUGUUGGAGCUUUCAUCCCAAGUGUAUUUGCCUAAGUUUAUACCCUCCCCUGCCUGUCACUCCACCAGGAGCCCUGGCUGAGCUCAGAAGAGUGAUCAGUGUUUAUGGACGGCAGUUAAAAACUUGGAAGCUGUUGAUCAUAGAAACUGGUGCAACUGUGUAAGUCUGUAAUCUGGGAAAGCUGUGAGAAUUUGGUGAUUUUUAUGGUUUGUUUUGUUAGUGUUUAAAUAUGUCUGAGGUAGAUGUAAUUUAUCACCUCAGGUAUCACCUCAUGCUCUGGUAAUGGUUAAGGAAGUUUUACCAACAAUUUUUUACAUGUUAAAGAAUGUUAAACUGUUGCACUUUAAAGGAACUAAAAAUAUUUCCAGUUUUAGUAGCAAGUCAUUAUUUCUAUAUUUUUGUCUUACUUUUCAAAAAAUAGUAUUUGCUCCUUUCUAUUUGAUGUUUUAAGUAUUAAAGGGAUAGUUAGGGUUUUUGACAUGGGGUUGUAAGAGAUACUUAUACACAGUCAGUGUAUUACCUACAGUAGACGGCGGUCAGCACACCGCCAAUUUGGAGAAGCAAAGCUAUGUACUGCUGUGGAGGGGGUCAGCAGCUAAAACGUGUUUUAGACACCUAAAAAAAUCAGUAGUAGUUUAAAUGUAUGCUAUAUUAAGAAUAUUUUCGCUGCUUUACCUUGCUGUCAGCGACUUUUCUGACAGGAAACUCAAGUUAUAUCGUUCCUUAACUCUCCCCAAUUAUACCUCGCAGAAUGGGGCAGUUGCUGGUCCACUGCUGCCUUGAUCGGAUCAUUUGUGUGACUUCAGUAACUCUGAAUGAACCCUGUCAAACACCACAAGUCAGAAAAUGACAAUUUAACUCGCUUAUCAAGGCAGCAGUAGACCAGCAACUCCCGUGUUCUGUGAGGUAAAAAUGCUGUUUUUGUCAAGGGAGUCUGGUGCACGGGAUAUAACUUCAGUUUCCUGUCAGAAAAAUCUGUCUGAUGGCAAGGUAAAGUGGUAAACAUAUUCUUAGUAUAGCGUACAUUUAAACUGACAUAGAUUUUAUUAGGUGGGCCUUUUUUUAAUGCGUCUAAAAUACGUUGAGCUACUGACCCCGUCCAGUUACUAUAGCUUAGCUUCCAUGCUGGUACUCCUGUCUGGAGACCAGUGUAGGUAAUACACUGUCUGUGCAUAAGUACCUCAUACAACCACAUAUCUCUUUAAGUGCUAAGCACCAAACAGAUUCUGUUUGUUUUCCUGUCAUCCUUGGAAUUGUUAAAAGCUUUACUUGGGGCUUGGGGCCUGUAUUUGUUUGCACCUGCCUCACUUUGUCUGA